UGUCCGGCCGUUUUCGUGUAUGAUGAUGGCACCGACUGGCCCACAGUCAAUCGCCUCGUUGAUGACCACGAUUUGGUCUGUACAGGGCUCUUUCAUGGGCUCUCCCCUUCACGUCCCCCCACCGAUAGCCAAGGCUCACAACACGCACCGAGCCCUCCACAGCUUACUCCCGGGAGCUGGAGUAUCAAUAACGGCAAUCGCGAUGACUUCAUCAUCGGGAGCUCUAGUAAGCGGAGACAAAAGGAGGAUGAGCGGAAAGAAGACCUGGAGAAUGAUGAAUACACCGACGAUGUACAGCCUACAUCCGUCCGGUGCUGCGGAUGUAGCAAGAUCAUCUGCCUUGACAAACGCUCCAGGUACUACCCCGGACUCUGGAUCAAGCACCGGGGCAAAUGCCGUGGUAUCCUCAAACUAGAA